AAAUGGACGCGGCAGAGCAACUCCGGCGUGAUCUCUGCCCCUCACAAGCCCCACACCCCGCUCCGCGGCCAUGGAGACCCUCCUCUCCCCCUCCGCAUUGCUCGGCCCGCUCCGGGGCUCCAGGAAGCUAGCGGCCCCCGCCGCCGUCCCGUGCAGCAGGUCCGCCGUCUCCUGCUCGCUCAAGAAGCAGACGCAGACGCAGGCGGGCGUCGCCUGGCAUGGAGACGGCGGCGUCGGGAGCUGGGCGUCGUUCUUGCACCAUGGCCUCGCCGCGGCGGCGCUGUCCCUGGCCCUGACCUUGUCGCCCGCGCCCGCGCCGGCCGUGGCGUCGGAGUUCGACGUGCUCAACGACGGGCCGCCGGCCGACACGUACGUGGUGGACGACGCCGGCGUGCUGAGCCGCGUGACAAAGUCCGACGUGAAGCGCCUCGCCCGCGACCUCGAGGCCCGCAAGAACAUCCGGAUCAACUUCGUCACCGUCCGCAAGCUCACGAGCAAAGCUGACGCGUUCGAGUACGCGGACCAAGUGCUGGAGAAGUGGUACCCGACGGUGGAGGAGGGCAGCAACAAGGGGAUCGUGGUGCUCGUCACCAGCCAGAAGGAGGGCGCCAUCACCGGCGGCCCAGCCUUCGUGCAGGCCAUCGGCGACGCCAUCCUCGACGCCACCGUCUCCGAGAACCUCCCAGUGCUGGCGACGGACGAGAAGUACAACGAGGCGAUCUUCUCGACGGCGAAGCGGCUGGUGGCGGCCAUCGACGGGCUGCCGGACCCGGGCGGGCCGGCGUUCCAGGAGAGCAAGCGGGAGUCCAACUUCAAGAGCAAGGAGGAGACGGACGAGAAGCGCGGGCAGUUCACGCUCGUCGUCGGCGGCCUGCUCGUCAUCGCCUUCGUCGUGCCCAUGGCGCAGUACUACGCCUACAUCUCCAAGAAGUGAUCCAGUCGAGCGCCGUGCACUGUACAGUACAGUAAUUUUUCGAAUCCCCCCGGUUUUCUGUUGGACUAAAGUUUUAGAAGUGAACACAGAGAGAUCAAUGCAAGCGCACCCGCACUCGUGUGCAAUGUUCGGAGCCAA